GAGCAUUAGUUGGCAGGGGUAGCAAGAGUUGCGGCUCUCCCACCUGUUGCGAGGCUGCCUAGACUAAAGCCUGAAGAGUCCUCCGUAUGCUGCAUUCCCACAACCCAAUCCCUUCCCUAUCUCCAGUCCCAAGUCGAAAGAAGGCUUCAAGAUGGAGCGGCAUGAAUUUCUGGUAAAAGGCCUCGGAUGUGGGGCUGGAAAGGCCCUUAAAGAUCAACUAUUCCAACCUCUGCGUUUUGCAGACGAAAGAAACUGAGGCCCAACGAGCUUCAGUGAUUUGCUUCUGAAUCGGGGUCUUUUGAUUCCAAAUUCGGAGGCUUUCCACAAUCCAAGUCUCUCCUCUUCGAACCAAGGGUUUCGUUAAGUCGAGCAGAAGUAGCGAAGGCGGGGGAAGCCCAAAGCCCACUACCACACCCCUCGGGCUGGGCCUGGUCACGCCAGGCCCCACCUACAGUCGGGCCCGGUGGGGCUGGGGAGGGGUGGGCUGUCCCGAGCCGGGCCCCAGCUAGGAAAAGUGCGCGUGCGCCCAGGUGAGUGAUCCCAGAGCCCCGGGCCAACCCGGUGGCCCGCCCCGCCCAGGCCGGGCACCUGCGCAGGACACUAAUGCUGGCUUUGUGGUUUCCUUAGCCCCCCCGGGGCAGAGACUUGAAGUCAGGAAAUGGAAGGGGCUCCUGAGGCUCGGGACUCCCGCACCCGGGAGAGACCGAGGGACGGAGACCACCGUCCGGAGAGACACAGAGAGAGAGACCAGCGCCGGGAGAGACAGCGGGACAGAGACCACGGCCCGGAGAGACACCGAGAGAGAGACCAGCGCCCAGAGAGACAGCGGGACAGAGACCAUGGCCCGGAGAGACAGCGGGACAGAGACCACGGCCCGGAGAGACACCGAGAGAGAGACCAGCGCCCAGAGAGACAGCGGGACAGAGACCAUGGCCCGGAGAGACAGCGGGACAGAGACCACGGCCCGGAGAGACACCGAGAGAGAGACCAGCGCCCAGAGAGACAGCGGGACAGAGACCAUGGCCCGGAGAGACAGCGGGACAGAGAAAGACGGCGGGACCGAAAUGGGGACAGACCGAGAGACACAGAGCGGGACCGGCGAGGCGACCGAGAUGGGGACAAACGGGGGGACCGAGAUCGGGACAGGCGGGACCGGUGGGGGGAAGGGGACAAACGGGGGGACCGAGAUGGGGACGGGCGAAGCGAGCGAGACCACCGCCUGGACGGACAGAGCGACUGGGAGCACCCCCGCUCGAACGGACAAAGGGUUCGAGAAAAAUCCCGCCAAAGCAGGACCCAGGACGUAGCUUGGGAUCAGGCUCGGGACAGAUCCCUUCCUCCCUGGGCUGCCCUGGGGGACCCGCCAGAGCCCUGGGCCCCGAGGAAGGCGGUCUUCGGACGCCCGGAGAGUGACUACCCUUCAGGUAGAUCUCUGCCCUUCAGCCCAAGGCGUGAUUUGGAAGAACUGGAAUACUACCAGUCAGAGGCUGCAGGACUUUUGGAAUGCCACAAAUGCCGAUACCUGUGCACUGGAAGAGGUGUGGCACAGAUAGUGGAAGUGAUAUUGAAUGGCAUGGUUCUCAUGUGUAUUGUCGCCUCCUACUUUGUCCUGGCUGGUUUCAGUGCCAGCUUUGCAAGCAGUGGCUUUGGGAACAACUAUUACUCUCCCUUUGAAGGGACGGAGCUGGAGCAGGUUCGACAACUGGACCAGCAGUACACGGUCCUCCGAGCACCACUUGUAUAUGGCGGCUUGGCUGUUUCCCUAGGACUAGGGGUCCUUACCAUGGGAGUUUUACUCCAAGGAGCCAAGAGCCUGGAGAAGCUGCCUAGGAAGUGGCUGAUUGUGGAAGCUGUCUUCAGCCUCCUGGCAGCUGUGGGCUACUGCAUAGGCAUUGGCAUCUUCCUUCACGUGGCUCUGCAGAUCAAUGCCACCGAUACCUGCAAAAAGCGAGAGAGGAUGUAUGCUCGAAAUGGGCUCACCUGGAUGAACUGUCAGCUGGCAGGCACUGAUGGGGCAGCAGCCACCUUUGCUUGUCUUCUGGUGAUCAUGUAUGGAGUCAGUGCAGUGUUGGCCAUCCGGAGUUACAGGCAGCAACAGCAAUACUACAAAGACAGCCAAAAGCAACGCAGCAUGUUCCAAGGUCCGCUGGAAUACUGGGGGUCAGGAACAGGAACUCUAUGAGUUUCCUCUGCAACCCACCCACCCUGCAAGUUCCCAGGUUUCAACUGCCUUUAUUAUGUCUUUCAAAAUUUACUUUCCAUUUUAAAUCACACACUGGAUUAUGCCAAUUUUUGACACAAUUGAUGAUGUAUAAAUGUUCUUUUUGAAGGUACCAGUUGUGAAAAGUGCCCAAUAAAUAUCAUUGAUGGGUUGAUUAAUGUAGAUGUGCUGGGGAAAGAAGGCUGGCCAUGGCAUAGUUACUCUCCUAAAUACAUUAAGGGAGGGCAGUAGGUAAUCUUCCACUUUCAUACUCACCAACCCAGUCAAAGAAAUCCUAGAAGAGCAGCUCUCUCUCAGCAAGAGUGGAGUCCAAGGCUAUAUGAAAACAACCACAAAUUGUUCGUCCAGCUGUUGCAGAUACUAAAGGACCUCUGCCUGUGCUCAGAGGACAAGUUCCCAAGUCAGUUUUCUGAUUGUUCACAAAAGGGUGACUCCAUUCUGGCUCAUAGCCUCGUCCUAGCUCCUUAAGUCAAAGAUUCUGUUCCUAAAGAGUUCAAGUAGUUUGUCAUAUGGAAGGGUUUGACGGGGGAGAAUUAGGAUUAAUGGAGUUGAAAGAGACUUUAGGGAUUACCUAAGAGCAAUGGAAAGAGUGCCAGUCCUAGCGUCAGUAAGAUUUGUCUUCCUAAAUUUAAAUCUGGUUUCAGACACCUGCUCGUGGUGUGAGCCUGGGCUAGUCACUGCCUCAGUUUCCUCAUCUGUAAGAGAAGGAAAUGGCAAAUUGCUCCGGUUUCUUUGCCAGGAAAUUCCUAAAUUGUCAGACUGCACAACAUUCCAACCCUUCCAUUUGCUUAAAUUCCAAGGCAGUGCAGACCAAAAGAGAUAAAAUGACAUGAAGUUAUGCUGCUUGUAAAUUAGUAGAAGCAGGAUUUCUACCUGGGUUCCCUAACUCCAGAUCUCAUGCUCUUUCCAUUUUACCAUGCUUCCCUCAGUGUGAAGUUUCCUACAUUAGGGACAAAGGGCUAUUACACAUAACUCCCACCUUUUUUAAAAGUGGAGAACUCAAAAUUGAAUAGGCUUUCUUAAAACAGGUAAAAAAUUCUCUUGGAAAUAUUCCACAUUCAAAACUAAACUUCCCUGAAGAAAAAUCUUCAUCCACUGAAGGGUUACCAUCACCUCACUUUACACUAAUGACUCUUCCCCUUCAAGGAGAUCACAAACACAGAAACUUAAAAUGGAGUCUUUAUUCACAGAAAAAUAGUCAAUAAGCAUUUAUGAGGUGCCUGCUACUGGCCAGGCACUUUACUAGGUACUGGAGAGAGGAAGAGAAAGGCAAGGCAGUCCCUGCCCUCAAGUCUGGCGUUUAAUGGGGAAGAUGAGGAAACAUACGUAUACUGAGGGUAGACACUAGAAUGAAGAGAGAUUGGGAAAUGGUACCUAUAUUAAGAUGGGGUUUAACUGGGAUUAAAGGAAGCUGAAGAAGGCAGUGAGGGAGAACAUGGGAAAAGACCACAGAAAAUGCCCAGAUGGGAGAGAUGGUCUUUUUUCAUGAGUCAGGAGACUCAUGUUACUCAUAGAAAGUACAAUGGUGGAGAGGAGGAAGGUCGAAGACUGGAAAGGUGGGGAGAAAGUAGCUUAUGAAUGACUUUGUUAGAGGAUUUUAUGCAGAGUUCAGGAUGUGGUUGAAUCACCUUUAAGGAGAAUCAAUAGCAGCUGAAUGGCAGAGUAGGAAUAUGUGCUGAAGUAGAAGACUCAAAGCAGGCUGACCCACCAGCAGGAUAUUGUAAUAGUCCAGGCAAAAGGUGGCAUGCACCAAAUGGAAGGGAACAUAUCUUGAGAGGUGAUGCAAAGGUGAGAUGGAGAGGCUUUGGUGGGGCAGGGGGUGAGAGGAUUCCAAGAUGGCGCCUAGGUUGUAAACCUGGGGGACUAGGAAGGUAGUGGGUCUCAGGAUGGUGGGAAGUUGGGAGAGAUUUUAGGGGGGAAGAAUGAGUAGUUUUGAGUCCAUUGAAUUUAAGAUGUCUAAAAACAUCUAGUUCAGGAUGCCUAGGAGGCAGUUGGAGAUUCAGAGCUAGAGGUCAUCCGAGUUCAGAGUUGGAAGGCACUUUCGAUAGUUUAACUCAAACCCAACCAAGAAUCAUCCCUUCUAAAGCUUAUCAGACAUUGUCAUUCAGCCUUCCUUGAUGGGGAGUGAAGGGAGACCCACUGCUUCCUGAAGAUGCCACUCCUGGCUAGGGAUGGCUCUCUCUGGUCUGAUGCAGACAGGGGACUUCAUGCUUCUCAGGGCCAGCUUGAAUGGCCUUCGUUGGUCAUAUACAGUUGACUCAUAGUGAGUCUGUAGUACACUAAAAAUGGGUAAACCUUUUUCAGAGGAUAUAUACACACACCUCCCCUAUUUUAUACUUGAGAAGUUGAAUCUUUUAUCUCAAGAUCAAGCCAUUAUUUAUUCCUAUGACAUUUCAUCCAAUUAGUCAUAUAAAACUUGAGAAGACUAUGAACUCGUGCAAAGUGAAGUGGAAAGAACUAGAACAAUUUACAAAGGCAAAGCAAAAUUGUGGCAAAAAUCAACUGAAAAACUUGGCUGCUCUGCUAGAAUGAUCCAUGACCAUCCAAAAUACUCAGGAUGAAAAAUACUGUCCACCCUGAGAGAAAACUGGUGGACUUGAGUUCAGAUGGAAGUAUAUUUCUUUCACUUUAUUUUUCUUGGUUUUUGCAAAAUGGUUAAUGUGGAAAUAUGUUCUGUAUGUGUUCACAUAAUGGGUAUUCUGCUAUUUGAUGGGGUGGGCGGUUAGAUGGUGUGGAUAGGAUUUUUACAAAAUGAAUGUUAAAAAAAAAAAAGAUUCAUGUUUAUUAGCAUAGAAAGCCCAUCCUGUUUUAGAGGUCCCAGAUUCCCCACCAUGCUUUACCCUGGCCAUCAUCUUGUCACACCUGCCAUCUUAAUCUAGGUUUUUAUGAGACUAUGCCCAGCAAGGCUGUUGGAAGUUCACAUUCUAACAGGAAGGAGGUAACAUCUAAAAAAUGGUGCCCAGAGAGGAGUCUCUGGGUCAGGGCAGUCAUAGGAAUCCAGUCGACAUAUCCUGCCCCCCACAAAGUAUACCGUAGCUUAUGGAAAGGGCACGCUGCUUUGCUUGGUCUUGUUCUACUGACUUUGAGUUUUCCUGACUCCAGGGCCAGUGCUUUAUGCCUUUCUCCACUUAGCUGUCCCUCUACCUGCUCUUAUCAUUCUAGUAUCCUAUCCAAAAGGUAAGGAGGUUAGUCUGGCAUGUCCUCUUCUUAGAGAUGAAGUUAUGCCAGCUAAGUCCGUCAUACUCUAGUAAUAUCUUCCAGGGCUUUGCCAGGAAUCAGUUGCUUACUGGACUUUAUUUUCUAUUCUUUGAGGGGAAAUUAGGGCAUUUGACCUUUUUCAGUCUUAAGAGUAUUUGGUUUGUUCUCUGUAGUAUUUCAUUUUUAAAAGUUUCAUUCAUUUCUUUUGUGUUUAUGUCACAAUCUAUGUGGGUGCCUCCUCCUCAGUGUGAGCUUUCCUUAGUAACAAACUGAAACAAUUAAGCAAAACAGAACCGCUGCCGUAUCUGAUGUGAUCCACAUUCCACAUCCACAGCCCUCUACUCCUGCAUAAAAAGGAGGCUGGUGAAUUUUCUCAUUUCUUCUCAAGGGCCAAGACAGGUCAUUUAAUUGUUUGGCUUCCUUUGAAUGUUCUUUUCACUUAAUGUUACUGUGGUCAAUGUUUAUUCCUCCUUGUCCCUCUUUCACUUUUCUUGUCUAUUUCUUGUUUAUAAUUUGGCAAUGUGAUUGGGAUUGGGGUAUGAACAGAGGGAGCUCCCAAUGAAGAAAGGGCAGUUAGGUGGGGCAGUGGAUAGAGCACAAGUACUGGAAUCAGUAAGAUCCGUAUUCAAAUCUGGCCUCAGACACCUAUUAGCUGUGUCCCUCAGCACAUCACUUAACUCUGUCUGCCUCAGUUUCUUCAUCUGUCAAAUGAGCUAGAGAAGGAAAUGGUAAACCACUCUAAUAUCUUUGCCAAGAAAACUCCAAAUGGGCUCAUGAAGAGUAGGACUUGACUAAUCAAUUAAACAAAAAUCCCAAUGAAGAAACUUCCUCCAUCAGUGGUGUUUUGCAACUUAAGUUGCAGGACACUUCAGAGGUUAACUGGCCAAGGGUUGCCUAACCAGAAUGUGUCAGAGGCGGGACUUGAAUUCCAUUCUUGGCACUGAGGACAAUUCUAUCCCUGAUGCCUCAGCUACCUCAAAGUCCUCAUUUCUUUCAUUACAGGAACAUUCUAUUACAUUUCAUUCCCCAACUGAUAGGCACUCAACAGCUCCUCCGGUUUUUCCUACUACAAGUGCCAUCACAAUUUUAGGAUAUGUGGGCCUUCUGAUCUCCUUGGAUGUGCACUCAGCAGAGAACUCUGCAUAAAGGAAUUGCCAAAUGUCAGCAUUUUGGUCUUCACACAAUCCCUGCAUGCACUCAUCUCUCACUCUUGAUAUCACCUCUCGAGAAAUGUCCCCACUCCAGACUAGAAGGGGAACGGCUGGAAAAGUGCCGGCAUGUAAAUGGGAUGGAAUAAAACCAUGCUAUAAGAAAUUAUGAAGGAGGGAGUUUUCAGAGAAACCUGGGAACCCUUGUAUGAAAUGUGUGUGAAGAGUGAAGUGAGAACCAGGAGAAAAGUCUGUUUUUAUAUAGCAUAAUAUAAAGGCAAACAACUGAAAAAAUUAGUGUAAUAACCAACCACAGUUCCAGAGGACUAUUGAUGGAACAUGCUUCCAUCUCGAUAGUUAAAGAACUCAAGAGCCCUUUGGAUGUGGCUAAGGCAGAAAUUGUCUUGCUAACUAACUAAUUAUAUAUACAUAUUUAUAAUGAGGAUUUUGUUUUUCUUUCUCAAUUGAGGGAAUAGGAAGAAUACUUUUAUUGAUUAAAAAAUGAAAUUUAAUUUUUAAGCAAGGCUCCUUUGGAAAGAAUGAACUUAGUCUUCUAAUGCACUUAAGAAAACGACUAUGUCCAUGUCAAGUACAUACACAUAGUAUACUCUUUUUUUUGAACCCUUACCUUCCAUCUUAGAAUCACUACUGUGUAUUGGCUCCAAGGCAGAAGAGCAGUAAGGGCUAGGCAAUGGGGGUUACGUGACUUGCCCAGGAUCACACAGCUGGGAAGUGUCUGAGGUCAAAUUUGAACCUAGGACCUCCCAUCUCUAGGUCUAGUUCUCUCCACUGAGCCACCCAGCUGCCCCCCACAAAGUAUACUCUUAAUGAAAGUAAAGAUCUUUUUGUCAUAUCAUGUGAAAAGCUGACUAAAAAUAUUCCUGCCUCAACUUUGCUUCCCCCAUCCUAAGUCUUGCUCAUCUCACCAAAGCAGAAAACAAGGGAAA